GAAUGAGAUCGAUGCUCUCAUGGGAAAGUACGUGGGCCAGGAGCACAUGAUGUACCUCAAGAUCUGCAAGAAGUACAACGUGCAGCCUGAGCCUGAGAUCAAAGCUCAGGGCGGCGGGGGUCUGACUGCUGCGCCCGGGAGCACGGGAGGCGGCCUGUUCGGCGGCGCCCCAGCCGCUUCGCCCUUUGGCGGCGGGGCGUCAG